UCCUGUCAGCUCGUCUGGAGCUCCUUCCUCUCUCAUGGGUGCAAAGCAACGUCUGGAGAUGAAAGUAUCCGUGGUCUCCAAGAAGCUGUGGUGUGUACACAAACCGCUGGUGCUCCUCAUCACGCCGCUGCUUUUUUCACCGUUACUUGUGACAAUGCCAGAAAAGGAGGGAAAAUGCCUCUAUGUGGUGGUGCUCAUGGCCACGUUUUGGUGCACCGAGGCUCUUCCACUGGCCGUCACUGCAAUGCUCCCCAUCUGCCUCUUUCCAACGCUGGGAAUCAUUCCAUCGAAAAAACUCUGUCCUCAGUAUUUUCUGGAAACCAACUUUCUCUUUCUUAGCGGUCUGGUGAUGGCAUCGUCCAUUGAGGAGUGGGGCCUUCAUCGCAGAAUAGCACUGAAGGUCCUCACCAUUGUCGGCGUGAAACCAGCCUGGUUGAUACUGGGCAUGAUGGCGACUUCGUCCUUCUUGUCCAUGUGGCUCAGCAACACCGCCACGACCGCCAUGAUGCUACCCAUCGCCAACGCCAUCCUGGAAAGUUUGUUUGGCGAUUUGGAGACCCUCAAGCAAAAAUGCAAGUUGACAGAGGAUCGUGACAGUGGCGUUAUUAAUGGCCAGUCUACCAAGAUGCAUUCGUUGCCUUCAGUGGCCUCAGAGAAACAAAACUUAUCACUAGAUGGGGUGGAUGCCACAGAACAAACUGACACGAGAACAGCUGAGGAGAUCCAGUCUGAGUCGGAGUAUCAGAUGAAAGUUUGGAAAGGAUUCCUGAUCUGUAUUCCCUACGCGGCGAGUAUUGGAGGAACUGCCACACUGACUGGAACCGCUCCAAACCUCAUCCUGAUUGGACAGCUCAAAAGCUAUUUUCCAGACUGUGAUGUUAUUAACUUUGGCUCUUGGUUUGCUUUUGCCUUCCCGCUCAUGUUGGUGUUCCUGGUUUUGGGAUGGAUAUGGAUCGCGUUCCUCUUCGGAGGAUUGAACACACGGUUGUGCUUUAAGAAACAUGACCAAAGAGCAGAGGCGGAGGUCAGAGCCAAGGCUCUCGUCGAUGACGAUUACAGAAAACUCGGGCCCAUAAAUUUUGCAGAGGGAGCCAUCUGUUUUUUCUUUGUCUUGUUUGCCGUUCUUUUGUUCACGAGGGACCCAAAGUUUGUCAACGGUUGGUCCGUGUAUUUUAAAAAGGGCUACGUGUCGGACGCGGUCAUUGGUGUGAUCAUUGUGUCCAUAUUGUUUUUCUUCCCCUCGCAGAAACCUUCUCUCAGCUGGUGGUUCGACCCAAAAGCUUCAAAUGUUCCAUAUGUGCCUCUCCUCUCAUGGAAGAAAGCCCAGGAGUCUGUUCCUUGGAAUAUUAUUUUAUUGCUCGGAGGCGGCUUUGCCAUGGCCCAAGCAUGUGAGGAAUCCGGACUUGCCUCCUGGAUUGGAGGCCACCUCCAACCUCUGGGCAAGGUCCCACCUGUUGUCGCCAUGAUGCUGAUCACAGCCUUUGUGGCCUGUUUCACGGAGUUGGCCAGCAACACUGCCACCAUUAUUAUACUUUUACCCGUCAUUGCUGAGCUGGCGUUUCAUGUCUCGGUGAACCCUCUGUACUUCAUGAUCCCCGCAACGAUCGGAUGUUCAUAUGCUUUCAUGCUGCCUGUGUCCACACCCCCCAACUCCAUCGCCUUUUCAUCCGGACACCUGAUGGUCAAAGACAUGGUGAAAACCGGUUUUGUCAUGAACAUUUUGGGUCUCCUCUCCAUCACCCUAGCCAUGAACACAUGGGGCCUCGCCAUGUUUAACUUGAAUACCUAUCCCGAUUGGGCUCGCCCUCUUAACCAAUCUGCUUCUGUGCACACAACAAAUAUGACACUCUGAUCACUCGAAACACUAAGAAGUGACAAAAUGUGUUUUAAAUGUCGGAAAAUUCAGUUACUUUUUAUAAUUAAUUGACAUAAUUUGACAAAAAAGUCGACAUUUUUGCUGACAACCAUUACUUCUGCAGCACUCUAAAAUGAAAAAAUACAAAGUGUUGCCAGUCGGAGUUAGCCUUUUGUUUUUUUUUUGGCGAGCCACAUCGACACCUUGUGAUACCUUGCCUCCCGUGAAAAGCGUAGUCGAGGCUAAUGACGCAAUGCAACUCAAUGGUGUCACUCCAAAAACCCCUUGAUCCCCCCCUUCAAAUAUACUUUCAGUCUAAAACCAUGUUACUUAUUUAUGUAUCCUUACGUUACUGCUGUUACCAAUAUACUAACCACAUGAAAUAGGCUGCGUGUCAUGUUGAGACAAACUGAGGACACCCCCUGUAAAGUCUUUAAAAGCUUUGUCUGGUUUGUUAUAAAUUGACUGACAACAAUGGUUAACCUGGACAAGGCUGGUGUGGUUGGUUAUUCAGUGCUAGUCGGGGUCGUUUCAAAAAGGUCUUGCGGUGUUUGAAUGCAAAACCUCGGACAAAAGAAGUCAAUGAAAGAACAACAAAAGGAGGCUGAUUUGUUUUUGUGAGAACUGCACAAAGUUGUUUGUAUAUUCAGUGAUGAAUUCUGAAAUCAUGAUACGCUCAAUGUAUGUGUAUGCAUUUCAUUUUAUUGUAAUUGUCGACAUAAUAAUGAGAAUUAUUACACGUGUGCACAAUCCGAGAGUACUUUUCAAGAUAAUUUUGUGCAGUUUAAUAAACUAUACUCGAUCACACAAAUAUCUAUUGAGCAUUAAAAGCCUUU